GAGGCAACAUGGCGGCGUCCAGUACCGCGGAGCAUUCUCCAGAGAUAUCGACGCCGUUAAAAAUACCGAAAACCGAGGUGCCAUCCCCUGAGUCGGAGGAUUUGAGUGACAGUAAUCAAUACCACUCCAAUCCCUCGACACCGAACCGCUUCUCGCCUUUGAACGUGGGCUCAGGGACCGCGGGCCGGACGGCGGCCUCAUCCUCCUCCAACAGCUUCACGGCUUGCCGAGGGAUGUCGUGGACCCCGUCCGAGACGAACGCCCUCAUUGCGGUCUGGGGCAAUGAGAGGCUGACGGAGGCGAGGAUGCAGCAGCUGGAGGUCGCAGGCACCGUGUUCUCCGGUAAGGCCCCCGGUCCUGCCAUGUACGAGCGGGUGUCCAGAGCCCUGUCGGAGCUGGGAUAUGAAAGGACUCCAUCCCAGUGCAGGGAGAGGAUGAAGACGCUGCGGCGCUGCUACAGCCGUGUGAAGGAGCAUGGCAUUGGCAAAAGGAAGAGCAGCUACACUAUAGAGCAGCUGGAGAAGGUGUUUGGUCAGGGAGGCUGGGACUCCCAGAGUUGUGCCCCGGUCCUGAUCAACAGCAGUGGGCUGUAUCAGGAGAUGGAGUCUGAUGGCAGCACCAUGGAAGACUUCUCUCAGGAGGACUGGUGCAACCAGGUGCUGGACUCGGCCUUCCAGGAGGGAGACAUGGAGACUGAAGAAAUCCAGGUGCCUAAAAACAGAGCUCUACAGAUUCAAAUAGAGCUGUCAGAACAAACCCAAAAAAGGGACAUGAUGCAGACUGUGAUGCGUAUCCUUGAGUCAGUGCAGCUGAAAUGGGAGCACUUCCAAACAUGGACUGAGUUCUCACGGCUGCACCUCUCCAACAAACUAGCCAUCUUUGGCGUGGGCUACAACACACGCUGGCGCGAGGACGUGCGUUAUCAUUACGCCGAAAUCAGCUCGCAGGUGCCUCUGGGCAAGAGGCUUCGUGAGUACUUCAACCCAGAAAAGCCAGAGGGUCGCAUUAUUAUGACCAAAGUUCAGAAGAUGAACUGGAAGAAUGUUUACUACAAGUUCCUGGACAUUACUAUCAGCGAGGCGCGCUGCUUGGAGCUGCACAUGGAGGUGGACUGGAUCCCUGUAUCCCAGUCCAGGCCAGCAGGCUGCAGCAAAGGCACAUCCCACUACCUCCUGCCUGGGGAAAUCCCCAAGGCGUAUGGACUCUACGCUAUUGGCUACGAGGCAGUGUCGUCAUCCUCUCAUGACACCACUCACACCUCUGCACAGGGUGAUGGUGAAGACCAUAGCUUACCUCAGUGCGAGUCAGAGAAUGGGGAACAAAGUCAGGCUGAUGGAGACGGUGCAGAGACAUGUGACAGGACUGGGGCUAAAGUCACUUACUGCUACCUAGGCAUAGCUGAGGAUAGGACCAUACAGCAGAGUCUCUUCCAGCACUUCCAGGGCUCUGGCAAACACCAUGUCCACGGGGAACCCUCUGCUGUGACGCGUUUCCUGCAGGAGAACUGCCGGGGUGCUGUCACAAAUCAGAACGGUGAGGGAGGUGAAGACUCAGCUCAACGUUAUGCCAUUUACAUUAAAUUCAUUGAGGUGGAGCUGGACUUCCUCUCAGCAGGCUCCCUGGUGGAGUGCCUUGAAACUGCUAUUGGUUGUUCCUUGAAAUUCAACAACAGAGAAACAUUGUAACUACACUCAGUGUUUCAGAUUUGUAUUGACUAAUGAUAUAAUUAACAAGUGUUACAGCCAGCAAGGCAACAAGAAAGGUGACCAAUUCUCUCUGUCAUAAAGCAUGGAUGUGUGCAAGAAUCUGGUAUAUUUUUGCAGCCUUUUCAGCUCUAUUGAACUGAUUUUUCAUUAGACCCUUGUUAAGUCUUAAAAGAACGAUGAUGCACAAUAUGACAAAUGUAUUGUGUAGAAAUAUUGGAACAUUAGCUUAAGUAUCGCAGAGCUGCAACAUCCAAGAAACAUGUACUUAUUAUUUAAUGCUAAUGUGCACUACAAAGGUUUUUGCUGCUUGUUUAGUGUAGAUAAAUAUUGCCUCAUCAGGGAGCGUGGGGUUGGCAAGGUGACUACUGCAGUAUGCAUCUGUCUACCUCAGUAGGAUGUAGCAAACAAGGCAGCGAGGGGACCAUAAGAGUGUAUUCAUUCUAAAACUGCCUUUACUUUGACUGUUGAGGUCUGGACCUGAAUUCACAAAGCAUCAAAGAGUAACGGCUGAUUUUUGAAUUAUAUUUUGCACAUGUAACUGGGCUGCAGCUAGAGAUGCUUCCAUGCAAACUAGGGAGACAAAGCAAAGAGUAUUGGCCAAUUUGGAGAUCACCUGUUUAUCCAGCAGUGUGAACACCACAUACACAAACCUGACCAAAGGUUGGGUGUGGUUUCCACUCCAUUUUAACUUAGCACACUAUAGGGGCACCUAUAUAUCGAUGGCUCUGUGCAGCAAGUAAACAAAAUAAGCAUGGUAAAUAAUAUGGACUAGUGGUGCAAUGGCUCAAUAAAUUUACGGCUCGAUUCGAUACACUACAGUGGUCACAGUUCAGUUAAAUGUAUGAAAACUAACACAAUUUGGGCUUUUGUUGUCUUUGUACAAAGCAGGAAUCACUGUCUGGCUGACAAGGGCUCAUUAAAGUCUGGUUAAGAGCUCUCAGAGCUCUUUCAGUCUAAUAAAUACAUGAAUAAAUAAAUGCCACAGUCAUAUCAACACAAGCUGAACAGCCAUCGUACCUUGAAGUCGUUAUGGCUGAAUCAUGUACCUGGCCUGCCGGCAGUUAGAGCUCACUGCUGUGGGUGUGCGCUUUGUGCUAAUGCUAGCUGCUGUUAGCUGCUGAACAAGAGACAAUAGCUACACAGUGUCUCUCAUUCCCUGGUUCAGGGGUGUUUGUACUGCUGGCUUAGCUGCUGAAGAGAGUCUGUCGUUGCACAGCAGCAUGUUCUUUGGCUCAGGGGUUGUUUAUGUUAUUGUACUACUGUGUUAGCUGCUAAGGAGAGUCUGUAGCUGCUGCUGUUUGGUUAUCAGCUGAUAGAGAUUCAGUGUCAUGCUUACCACCUGCACACCACGUAACCGAGGUUCCCACCAUUGCCCCACGACUAAAUGAAGUGCACUUUUUAAGCUGUCCCAUUAUCUGUUCAGCCUUCUUGCUGACUUUGUUGCAUAGUCUUUUGAAGCUCUAUACAAAACAUACAAAAUCUUCCCUAGGUUGGUGGUAUUCAGAGCACAAGAAAAUUCUGUUCACAACAUUGAGUCUUGUUGCACCACCAUACCGUCUCUUGCAUUGUUGCCUCACAGCAAGAAGAUUCCUGGUUGCAUGUCAGUGAAGAUGCAACCAGGGCCUUGCUUGAGCAAGUCCAGUUGCCUACGAUAUAGCUCUUAUGAAGGUUCCUGGUCUGAACCCAGGGUGGGGGGGUUCGAACCCUGGAGUGGGGGAGCCCUUCAAUGCGAAGUUUGUAUGGUCUCCCCUUGUCAGCAUGAGUUUUCUCCAGGUACUCCGGCUUCCGCCCACAAUCCCAAGACAUGCAGGCUAAGUUAAUUGGUGACUCUAAAUUGUUCAUAAGUAUGAAUGUAAGCGUGAAUGCUUGUCUUUCUCUAUAUGUCAACCCUGUGAUAGUCUGGCAAUCUGUCCAGGGCGUAGCCCGCCUCUCGUCCACUGUCAGCUGGGAUAGGCUUCAGCUCCUGCGUGACUGCUAACAGGAUAAACGGUUAUGGAAAAUGAAUGAAUGAACAAACAUUGAGUCUUGUCUUGGCUAGAAAUUCUGAAAUACUGCCAGAUCAGUGCAGAUAUUAAUUUGUGUUUUUGUGCCAUGGUAUUUGCCAAAAUGAGAAAUUCCUGAUUUUACACUGGAGUCUAAGUAUACAGUAACCUAUAUGUAUUGGUGAUCAGUACUUGGAGCAUCUUUAGCUGCAGCUGUGGGGCUGUGGGUUAUCAGUUGACCAUUACAGAAGCUGUGUUGACCUCCCACAUACUGGUGUUUUAAAUGCACCACUCUUGCAGUUGACACACAAUCAUGCUUACAGGUGUAAACCAGGCCUACAAGCACUGAUCUAUGACUUCAAGCCAGGUUAAGACAUUAAGCUGCAGGGGAUAGCUCAUCCUUGACCAAUAAUUAAACUGAAUUCUUAUGAACAUGAUUCCUGAGGUUAUGUGCAAUGUGCCAGGAGAGACUGUGUAGAGAAGAAUCAAACAGUGAAUAAGUCCAUAUUGAAUCUAUGUAUAUGAAAGCUACCUUAUAUAUCUAUAAUAUAUAUUUAAAAAAUAUUGAUGUUCUUGAGCAUUCCGGCUUUUGCAAACUUGCAAUGUUUAUUUGUUUGGGUAUACAGUAUAUAAAAAUAAAUAUGAUAUUUUAUAUUUUAUUGGUUGACACGUCUUGUAUGUGAUUGUUUUGAAGUCACCGUCUUGUAUGUUUACAUGUUUGAAAAACAAUAAAUGGGGCACUCACUGUCAUU